AUGGCGACCCUGGCCGAGAAGCUCGAGAAGAUCAAGUCCCCCAAGCUGCAGAACCAACACCAUACUGCUGUGGUACUGUCUGCCGUGGAGGACACCCUCCGGGACCAGAAAGCAGAUUUCUCAGCUACUGCCUAUUUUGCCGCCCUCCUAGCCCUCCUCUCACAGUCCCUUUCCGCCGCCCAAGGCAUCGUCAACAAGGAUCUUGCGACCUCUGUCGUCUAUCUCCUCGAUAUCACCACCGCCUAUGUCCCCGCUUCAAUCCUCCGCUCGAAAUUUUCCCAAAUCCUCACAAACCUUGCGCCGGCGCUCUCCCUCCCCGAAGUCGAAGCACCGCUUCUCCGCCCGUCUAUUGGCUGCCUCGAGUCGCUGUUGAUUGCCCAGGAUGUCCCGGCUUGGAACCUCCCACACACCCAGAUUGGUCCCCGACGGGCUAUUGCAGGACUUCUUAGUCUUGCCGUGGACCACCGUCCCAAGGUGCGCAAGCGGGCGCAGGAUGCCCUGAUCAAGGUUAUCAAGACAACCCCUCCGAGCCCCUCCCUCGACCACCCCGCUGCAGAUAUGUGCGCAGAGACUGCGAUGCGGACUUUGAGCGAUAGCAUUACUGCGGCGUCGAAGCAAAAGCGUGGCCGCAACGAUCCGCACAAAGAGAACAGUGAUCCGCUGGUGAUCCACUCUUUACAGCUUGUCAAGACGAUUGCGGUUGCGUCGAAUGGAUGGCCGAGUAAGAAGAUCGAGCCGCUGUGCGAGCUGUUGAUGAAUGCGUCUCGCUCAACCAACGAGUAUAUCACCAUGGGUGCUUUUGAAGUGUUCGAGGUCAUUUUCUCGAGCAUGGCCAACGAGUUUUCUUCCUCGAAGUUGCCGCGCCUGCUCGAGGCGAUCUCCGAGCUGAAGCCCGCACAGAACGAUUCGCAGCUCCUCCCACCAUGGAUAGCUGUGCUGUCCCGCGGUUACGAUGUGUCUGCCCAGAUCAGCCCCGAGGAUACAUUCGAGAAAUUACCUGAUCUGUUCAACAUGAUUUCCAGCUAUCUUGCGUCACCGUCGAGCAACAUCCGCGUGUCUGCUUCCGAGUGCCUGGUAUCGUUCGUCGCCAACUGUAUUCCCGAUAAUGUUAUCAUCGAUCCCUCCGUCUACGACGAGAAAACUCUCGAGAAGCUCGCAAAGGCUACCAAGGAUCUGCUUUCGGUCAAAUACCAAGCCGCAUGGAUGGAAGUGUUCAAUGUUUGCGCCGCCAUGUUCGAGAGCUUCAAGUGGCGAUCGAGCCCCUUCCUUGACGACGUCGUUCGGACCGUUGGAGAAUUACGCGGUAACGAGGCGUUCCAGGGGAAGAAAGAGGCGGACAAUGUUCUUGGCGCCGCCAUUGAGGCCAUGGGUCCUGCAGCUGUCCUCGCGAUCUUGCCGCUGAACCUCAUUGAGCAAAAGGCCGGCCAGCCCGGUCGUGUCUGGUUUCUGCCGAUCCUUCGCGACAGCGUUACUAACACAGACUUGAGCCAUUUCCGUUCCGAAUUCGUUCCUCUCAGCGAAGCUCUGUACCAGAAGGUUAUGGAGUACGCCUCUGCAGAGAAGUCUGUUGAGGUGAAGAUCUUCGAAACACUUGUCCAGCAAACAUGGGCCAUCCUUCCAGGUUACUGCGAACUUCCGCUUGAUCUGGUGGAGUCGUUUGACCAGAGCUUCGCCGAACUUUUGUCCAACAUUCUCUACAAGCAGACCGACCUGCGAGUGGACGUUUGCAAAGCACUUGCGAACUUGGUCGAGUCCAACCAAGCCAUUUUGUCUGUUGAGAAGGAGGGCGAUGAUUUGAUUCUGCAGCGUAGAAUUACCAAGGAAGCUGCCAAGAAGAACAUUGCUCACCUUGCUGGGUUUGCCAGCAACCUUCUUGCAGUCCUAUUCAACGUGUAUAGCCAGACGCUUCCGCACUACCGAGGGUUUAUCCUUCAGUGCAUCAACGCGUAUCUAAGCAUUACACCUGAAAAGGAAUUGAACGAGACGUUCGAACGCGUGACCACCAUGCUCGAGUCCUCUGUGACUUCGGAGCAGGAGGCAGCCAAGCAAGGCAACCAGCCCACAAACUCCGGAGACAAGAUGCCCCCAACCUCUCACACACUCAUCGACCUGGUUAUUGCCAUGUCGAUCUACCUGCCUCGCACAAGCUUCGCCACACUCUUCGCCAUGGCUGCAGCAAUCUUGAACGGGGGCACCAACGACCAGCAACUCAUCAAGAAAGCCUACAAACUUAUUCCCCGCCUGGCCUCGACAGAGACAGGAGCUGCCGCGCUCAAGGAACGCAACGCUGAAUUGCAGUCCCUCAUGCUCGCCACAUCUGACAAGACGCCCGCUUCUGCCCGCCGAGACCGCAUGCUCGCCAUCCACGAACUCGUCACAUACCUCCCGACAUCCGACCUCCACUUCAUCCCUUCAAUCCUAUCCGAGGUUGUGCUGGGCUGCAAGGAAAGUAAUGAGAAAGCUCGCACUGCCUCGUUUGACAUGUUGAUCCACCUCGCAAACCGAACAACCAAUGCCGAGCUGAACCCACCCGGCACCAAGAUCAGGAACUCGCUCGUCCCGCACAUGCCCGACAAUGCGCCUGAUGCUCCUGCCACGCUUGAGGAGUUCUUCACCAUGGUGUCUGCCGGUCUGGCCGGUAGCUCGCCGCACAUGGUUGCCGCUUCGGUGACUGCAUUGUCACGACUCUUCUUCGACUUUCACAAGGACAUCCAACCCGCGAUGCGGCUGGAUCUGGUCCAAACUGUUGAGUUGUUCCUUACCAGCAACAACCGAGAGAUUGUCCGUUCCGUGCUUGGCUUCGUUAAGGUAGCCGUUGUCGUUCUCCCUGACGACGCCCUGCGCUCUCGUCUCAGCACUCUGGUUCCAAACCUGAUGGUAUGGAGCAAGGAGCACAAGGGUCGUCUCAAGAGCAAGGUGAAGGGUAUCCUUGACCGACUCAUCCGCCGCUUCGGAGCCGCUCCCCUCGAAGAACUCGUCGGUGAAGCAGACCGAAAAUUAGUGGUCAACAUCCGUAAACUCCGCGAGCGCCGCAAGAAGAAGAAGAAGGAGGGUGAGCAAGGUGACGAAGACGAGGAGGGUGAGGACGCGGCCCCGGCAACCGACAAGCCUAGCAAGUCCUUCGGCAACGCCUUUGACAAAGCCGUCUACGACUCGGACUUCUCAGACUCGGACGACGACGCCAGCGAAAUCAGCGUCGACGAAGACGGCACCACCCACGCACACCACAGCAAGGGCCGCAAGGCCAAUAGGAAGGGCAAACAGAGCGAGCAGUACAUCCGCGAGCUCUCACCCGAAGAUAACCCGCUCGAUCUCUUGGCCCCCGAUGCCCUCGCCAACAUAUCCACCACGAAGCCUAGCGUGCGCUUCCUCAACACAGGCCCUGGCUCGCGCCGGAAGCGCGCCGCCAAGGUCGGUCCUGACGGGCGUCUCCUGCUAGGUGACGACGAGGAGGACGUAGAUAUGGCGGGAGGCCUCGACGGCGGGAACACAGGCGAGAGCGGAAUCAACGCGUACGUCCAGGCCGUCAGCGGGCCCGACGCGAUCCGCCGCGGCCAGCGCGGAAAGAUCAAGAUGGCGCAGGCGCAGAAGAAGAAGUCGCAGCGCGGCGACGAGAUGGACUUGGACGGCGACGAUAGUAACGAGAAUAACAACGCUGGUCGUCACCAGACCUCGUCGAACCGAAGAGGAGGCCCCAACCAGCCUGGCCGUCGCGGUCUCGGUAUGCCGAAGACUCACGGGCCCAGCGGGAUUCAGAAGCGGAGGAACGUUCGCGGGAAGCCGGGUCACGGACGGGGUGGAUUCCGUGUUGGGAGGGGAGGGCGUAGGUAA